AUGCCUGUCAAUCCAUUUUUCGUUAACUGGAGUGGCCCAGACCUCGAGAUGGCAUACGCAUCUCCGGUCAUUGUGCUGGAGAAAGGAGCUAGAAAAAGCAGUUAUGUUCGCCACAUGGCCAAGGAAGCACAACCCCUCAGGCGGUUCAGGGAUGAAGAUGGCAAAGCGAGUAGUGACGGCAGAACGAGACGGCUGUUUUGCUCAAGUGAUGAUGAUGGCAGUUUCACGGAUGAAGGUUUCAUCAACCAUGACUUUCGGGUUGGGGGGCCGAACCUAUGUCCAUUACCUGCUAAAACCUACGAGAUAAAAGAAGACCAUCCUCUUUAUCCAGUCUUCGAGGUAUUAAAACGCCGAAUGGAUGGUCCAAUCGGUAGAAUCCUUGAUGGUUUUGGUAUUGACGAUGACUAUGUAGAGUUUGUGGGAAGAACAGAGACAAAAUUUCCCGACGGCUGUCCUAAGCUGACAGUACUUAUAUCUGCAAAGCGUACAGUUAUGGAUGGUGUAUGGCUCAAUGCGGCGAGAGCCAUUCGAGCUUCUCUUCUUUCACUCAGAGAAACAGAAAAGAAUGCCAAUGCCAAAAAAUUACUUGAAAACAUGGUGGUUGAGAUUUUGGAAAAUACAGAUGACCAUACGAUAAAUCGAGAAGCGCAGGAUAAUCCUGCGACUGUGUUGAUUUUGGCAUAUCCAUGGAGCAACACUGAUUGGAAGGGCUUUAGAGACGAUGUUGUCAAAGUUCUCGACCGAGCGUGCCUUCCGAUGGUGGCCGUGGAGAUUUCCACCGCUUGUAACGGGGAAGAAAAAGAGCCUCGCGUAGAAGUGGGGCUGGACAGUUUGCAUGGACUCAACCGGUUGUAUCAGACAAUUGCCCCUACGCUUGACGAUGAUGUAUGGGGAACGCUGUCGGGGUUCAUCGAGUUGCUGGGAUUGCCAGAUGUGCCAGACGGGCGAUGGACGCCAUUUGGUUUGACUUGUUACCAUUGCGUAAAACCAAAUCCAGAGCGUGAGGGGAUUUCCUACGAUAAGUUGACUAGUAGGAUCCUGCAGGAUAAAAACUAUCUAGCAGGCGAGGAUCGCCAGAAACGCCGCCAAUUGUUCCGCCCUAUGGAAGUCGACGAGCCCCAAUAUAACAAACAGGUUGAGCACCUACGAGAUCUACGGCUCUUAACAUUGGAGCUUGAGGAAAAAAUGAAAAACCCAUAUUCUGAAUUUGGUAACGUAUUUGCCGCUUCCGGAUUCAAACUGCCUGAUGGAAAGAAAGCCACUGAUAUUGGCUCACUGGAUUCCCGGCGACCCUUUGCGGGCAGACCAGUUUGGGCAUACGGAUUUAGGCAGGGAUUGACCUGGGGUCUUACCAAUGGGUUGCAGGAACCAGCGUUUUUGAUGUCCAGGGAGAACGGAUACACGGAAACAAUUGUGAUUCAUCGUGAUGUCGUACUUGGGUUGAAUGGUAAACCAUUUGCGAACAAAGGGGACUCUGGCACCUUUGUGUUUACUGGCGACGGCAUUCUCCUGGGCAUGAUGUAUGGAGGGCGACGUGGUGCGAAUAGCAAUGUCAACUACAUCAUGCGCACAGUCGAUCUUUUACAAGACAUCAAGGAACGCACCGGUGCCAAGGACAUUCGUCUUAGACAGUAA